AAUUGUUGGAUUGUCGCAUUCCGUGCACAGGGAAACGUCAAAUAGUUUUCAUUUUAGUGUCAUCAGUUGAAAAAAAUGGUUUUAAGUUGUAUUGAAAUAAAGAAAAUGGGAAAUGAUUCUGGAUAUAUUGUCGAAAUGAAUAAUAGCGGAAAGUAUGUAAUGACGGAAGUGGGCAAUCGGAAAUGCAACAACAAUGACCUGUGCAUGGUUGAGAGCGAGUAUUUUGACUAUAUGUACACGACCGGCAUCUUUCCGGACACAAGCCAGUGGAUUCUUAUUGCGGCUUACAUUGUCGUGUUUCUGGUCGGAAUAGUGGGCAACGUGCUAGUUUGUUGUGUCAUUUGGAAGAACCGCAGCAUGAGGACUGUGACCAACAUGUUCAUAGUAAACCUCUCCAUUGCGGAUAUUGCCGUUAUAGUCAUGUGUUUGCCGCUCACGUUGCUGGUUGAUAUAACCGAAACGUGGUUUUUAGGUACGGUUAUAUGUAAGAUUAACCAGUUUACCAUGACGACAUCUAUCGCGGUGUCUGUGCUCACGCUGACAGCCAUUUCCGUGGAACGCUGGUACGCCAUUUGUCACCCUCUCCGCUUCCAUAGCACCGUUCGGCGAGCACGUGUGAUCAUUUUCGUCAUUUGGUUGCUGUCCUUGUGCAUUGCAUUGCCCGAAACAAUCGCUGCGGAGGAAGUGCGACAAUGGCACGAAUAUGUAUUAUUUGCUGCCUGCUUUCCUGUGAGAUUGGGCCUAACUGGUUUAAUGAUUUGGCAAUUCUGCCUGAUCAUCGGGUUGUACGUCUUGCCGAUCUGCCUGAUGGGAUUCACAUACACCCAUAUUGCAUACGUACUCUACACUGGCGGAGUACCGGGAGAAUCUAGACCACAAAGACCAAUGUUAGGCAGUUCUGGAAACGAAAAUGAGGCUCAGUUAGAAGCAAGGAAAAAAGCCGCGAAAAUGUUAUUUGCAAUUGUUCUUCUAUUUGCUCUAUGUUUUUUACCUAAUCAUCUGCUGAAUAUAUUGCGGUAUGCUGGUGUAUUGCAUGAUGUGGAGAACGUCGAAACAUUCGCCCUUAUUGCCCAUCUUGCUAUAUUUCUUAACAGCUGUCUGAAUCCAAUAAUUUAUAACUUUAUGAGUGACAAGUUCCGGAAGGCAUUCCGCCAGGUAUUGAGCGCAUGCCUCCAUUGUCGCUGCAAGAAUAAUCGGGGCACGUGCGGGGUGAGCGAUGGUUACAAAGUCACCUUCAAUAAUACGCCCACCAUGAGUUUCAACCUUACCAUGAGGUGUGAACAAAGAAAAAAGAGAGUCUUAUUAUGAUCCAGUCGAUCCUUCCCCCUCCCCUUCGUUACUUUACUGUGUUUUAAACAUUGUGAAGUUAUACAUGUGCUAAUCGUCUCUUCCAGUGAAAAACCAUCAUUAUACAAUAUGUUCUUUCUUUUUAAUUUAUCACUCGUUAUCAUCACGUAUGUGCGUUACGGUUUAAAGAUAUGAGCAAUGUUUAUGUAUUCAUUAGUUAGCACAUAGAGCCACAUAAGAACCUAUAAACCGUCAUAACACGCAUUAUCAACAUCAAUAUUUUCAUUUUAUUGAAUUGCACUCGUGCACAUAUGCAUACAUAUUUGGGAAAUUCACACAAUAGAUCCAGACAAAUAGCAGUCUAGCAAAUGUUUACAGAUUAAACUGUCCAAAUAAAGUUUUUUUAAUCGUCCCAAUAACUUUCGAAAUUUGUUUGUGAUAAGAUGAAAAUAUACGAAUGACUUAUUCAGGAUCAAAAUUUAGUUCUCAUGUGUCUUCAUAACUACAAUAUCGACAGUUUAGUGUAUAAUAUAAAUUUACACCAUAGAUCUAGACAAAUAGCAGUCUAGCAAAUGUUAACAGAUCAAAUAGUCCCAAUAAGGUUAUUUUAAUCGUCCCUAUAUCUUUCAAAUUUUAUUUGUGAUAAGACGAAAAGACUUAUUCAGGAUCAAAAAUGAGUUCUCAUGUGUCCUCAUACAAUUACUACAGUAUCGAUAGUUUUAUAUCUUAUAUUUACGCGCACCUGUUACGUUAUAAAAUGUAAGCUUUUUUUACCUCCUCAAAGCCUGCUGAUCCGGGUCGGACAUAAUAGAAAGUGUCUAUAGCGUUGUAACGUACAUAAAAGCAUUCUCUUCAAAACCGGGUACCGUUACGUCGUAAAAACUCUUUUGGCGAAAUUUGGUUUUAGAAAAGGGUUAUCUUCAGCGUAUCAAAACGUACGUUCUACCUAUGUGUACGAAGAAAACAUAAGACAGAGAAGAUUUCCUAUUUCUUAUAAACAGAAAGCGCAGAAAUCAAAAUUUGGAUCACAUUUGCGUUUUAAUACGUAUAAAACGAACUUAACGCAAAAAUACGCUUCCGUGUCUAUACAAGCAAAGGCUAUGCCCGUUUUAUUACGUUUAAGUGGUUUGAAGAUUAACCACAAAGAUUACCCCAGCUAUGUGGAAAUUGUUAUUACGCUCUAGGCAUUCACUGUAAAUAUAAAGCAGUUUGAUUAAGCAUGACCUCUGUAUAUGUAUUCUUGAAAUCAGCUUAUUUCUCUAAAUAUAUUCGUUUGAUAUUAUCCCAGUGUUUUCACGAUUAUAUUUUUACUAUAAUGGAAAAUAGUUUAACUUUGUUUUGUGGCAGUUUUUGGGACACACUUCCAUUACAAAACAUUGAAAACAGGGACAAGCCGGUAUUGGUAAAUAAUGGGGUAAUCUCUUUGGCAAUAUAACAAAAAAUACAGGGAUAAGCCCUGUAGUCGAAAAUGCAAAACUUAUCACUGUUUAGGGGCACAAGCAAGUGCCCAAACGACAAUGAACUAUAGACACAAACAAAUCAACAUCACAUACACAAAUACAAACACCACAAACAAACCACACCCUCAUCAAAAUUGCUUUGGUGCUACAUGAUGGGAUUACCGCCUUGGAACGGUCAGCGAAACAAGAGUUCACUGGAACUCGAGUCUACUUGGGGCUUUACUAGUCAGUUUGGCCAUAACCUCACACUUGUUCUAUCACUUAUCAAGUCGAGAUUGAUAUAAUUGCAUAUUUUUCUUCAAUUUCAUUAUGUUCUUUACAUAGGAUUUAUGAAAUACCAUUACACGUGAUGCUGUUUGUCUUUACAUGAGUCGAGAUUCAGCAACAAAACAGUCCACGUCUUCAGUGGUAUAGUGGUGAGGCGAACAGCAGCUGUCUUUCUUAUCAUUUCAGACCAACAUUAAUCUCAUUGAAUUUACUGUUCGGAACUAGUUUACUUAACGUUUGUCGCACCAUCUUUUCAUCAUUCACUACCAUUAUAUUCAAUAGAUAUACAGAGAGAAUAUUUUUUUGCUUCAGUGUAAGAUCGUAAUCCGUUACAGCGAGUGAGCACCAUAAGCUAUGUUUUACGAAUGGCGUAGCCUAGGUAAAAUAUAUAUUUUCGGUGGUCACGAGGUGUAAUGUAUUGCUAUUUUACACUGGAACAGGCAAUUAAUGCUUUAUUUUAGAUACCUAAAACUAUUUAAAAUCCCAUAUUAUUCUAGUUUCUCAGGAAAAAAACGCGCCAAAUUGUAUGCGAACGAAAAGACAUUUCCAAAAUGAAGUCCUUGAAAUCGUGUCCGCGACCGUGAACGCUAACGAUUGAUUCAAUGUGAGAGCGGGUUAAAACUUAAAAACAGUGAAAAAUAUCAGUAUGUUAUUUCACUUUUUGACACAGUGUAAUAUCACUUUAUUUCACUGAUAAAUCUCUAUCCACCGAAAAACAUACAAUAAAUACUCAUGUAAAAAUGUUUCUUUUUAAUAUUUCAUGUCACCUGUUUAUCAUUGGCAUGAUUUCAGGAACUGUUUUCAUGAACACUUUACU